AUGUGUAUUUAUACAAUCAACCCUUUUAUAAGUAAUACAUCGACGAUAGGAAAAAUGCAUGAAUCAGAUGCCCAUGGAGGUUCACCAUCAGUAGGAACCUCAUCAAACAACAACAACAACAAUACCACUGCCUCUUCAGAGUCAUAUCCACAUGACGGUAUUGCCAACGGAGGUAGAAACUCCAACGAACGUUCAGGUGCCAAUAGCUCUGGUGACAGAUUCGACAGAGAUAGAAACGAUAGAGAUAGAAACGACAGAAACGAUAGAAGCAACAGCCAAGACGACGAAGAAACUCAAAGACUAAACAAACUCGCAAAUACUGCACCACCAAGUAGAGUAUUGGGAGUAUUUGGAUUGAAUCCAAGAACCACAGAAUCAGACUUGGACCAAGUCUUUUCAAAGUAUGGUAAACUUGAAAAGGUAAAUUUGAUCAGAGACCGUCAGACGAGAUCAUCGAGAUGCUACGCCUUUAUCUACUUUGACAACAAGGAGGAUGCCGUUUCGGCCAAGGAGGGAUCGCUCUCUCUCGAGCUCGACGGACGUGUCAUACGUAUCGAUUACUCUGCUUCGCAAAAGCCACACGAUCCAACACCAGGACGAUACUUUGGAACUCCAUCACGUUAUAGUCCAUACAAGAGAUAUGAUGACAGAGGUGGAUACAACAGAGGUGGAGACAGAGGAGGAGAUAGAGGUUACGACAGAUACGACCGUGACAGAAGCAGAGACAGAGGUUACGACAGAUACGACCGUGAUAGAAGCAGAGAUAGAGACUAUGAUAGAGACAGAGGUUACGAUCGUGACAGAAGCAGAGAUAGAGGUGGUGAUAGAGGAGGUGAUAGAGACAGAGGUUACGACAGAGAUAGAAGCAGAGAUAGAGGUUAUGAUAGAGACAAUAGCAGAGAUAGAUAUAGAUAA